AUGGAAGAGCCAACACCUAAACGCGCUCGUUAUAGUUCGCCCGAUUUUGAAGAUGAUGAAAACAAACAGAUGGCCAAGUCAAGUACCACAAAUAACAAAGAUUCCACCGAUCUUUAUUUAGACACGAUCGAUAGACAUAUGCUCGACUUUGAUUUUGAGAAAGUGUGCUCUAUUUCUCUUUCUCAAAUCAAUGUCUAUGCAUGCUUGACGUGCGGAAAGUACUACCAAGGACGUGGAAAGUCUUCCCAUGCUUAUUUUCACAGCAUGGACAAAGAUCAUCAUGUCUUUAUUAACUUGCGCACCUUGAAGGUCUAUGUGCUUCCCGAUGGUUAUGAAGUAGAAAAUGCUUCUCUUAAUGAUAUCAAAUAUGUCUUGAAUCCUAUUUUGACAAAGAAGCAAGUUCAUGAAUUAGACCAAAACCUUGUCAUGUCUUAUGAUUUGAACAACAAACAAUAUCUGCCUGGAUUUGUAGGUCUCAACAAUAUCAAGGCAAAUGACUAUGUCAAUGUGGUAAUUCAGGCAUUGGCACAUAUGCCUUCUAUUCGAGACUAUUUUAUUGUCGAAGAUUUUGAAAAGAAAGGCUCUUCACAAUUAGUAUGUCGAUUUAGUGCUCUCAUCAGAAAAAUGUGGAAUCCAAAAGCAUUCAAAGGACAAGUGAGUCCUCACGAACUACUACAAGAGAUUUCAAAUGCCAGUCAAAAGAGAUUUAAAUUGACCGAGCAAAGCAAUGCCAUUGACUUUUUGUCAUGGUUCUUGAACACACUUCACAAAGAUCUCAAUGGUACUCGAAAAAGAAACAGCAGUAUUAUCUAUAAAAAACUACAGGGCGAAGUGAGAGUACAAUCCCAAGAUUUCAGUUCAUCAGGCCAGACUAGCUUAAACGAAGCCCUGAUGAGAUUUGAUGAAUCCAAACCUAUCAAAACAGUCAACUCGCCCUUUUUGUUUUUGGCACUUGAUUUACCACCAGCACCUUUAUAUCAAGAUGAUAAAGAGAAAGAUAUUAUUCCUCAAGUCCCUCUCACGACGAUCCUUGCCAAAUUUAAUGGAACCAAAGUACAAGAAGUUGCUAAUCAAAUGCGAAAAUACAGCAUUACUCGGUUACCUCAAUUUUUGAUCUUCCAUAUAAAGCGAUUCAACAAGAAUAAUUGGUCUCAUGAAAAGAAUCCUACCAUUGUCAAUUUCCCUAUCAAGAACAUUGACAUGUCGCAUUUUACUAGCGAUCCUGAUGCGGAGAAGCUAGGUGCUCAUUAUGACUUAGUGGCCAAUAUCUGUCACGAAGGUAAACCUGAGUCAGGUUCUUAUAAGGUUCAUGUUCGCCACCGUGGUACGGGGCAAUGGUACCAGAUUCAAGACUUGAUUGUAGAAGAAAUUAUGCCUCAAAUGAUCUUUUUGUCUGAAAGUUAUAUUCAAGUAGGUUCAUCUUGUUUCGCUUUAUUUGUAUUGACUCUUUUUUUUUCUUGUUAG